GGCAGCAGCCCCGCCUGUCAAAAGGAGGAUGGUCUCACUCCUCUAUAAAAAGCCUCCGACGUGGUGCGGGGAGAAACAGCCGCCACAGCAGACACACAGAGAACCAGCUUCUCCUCUGCAACCCCUCUCACUUGAAUCAUGGUCAAGAAGGUGGCUGUCAUCUUGUCCGGCUGUGGAGUCUACGAUGGCAGUGAAAUCCACGAAGCCUCCGCUGUCCUAGUCCACCUCAGUAGAGAUGGAGCACAGGUGGUGUUCUUUGCCCCAAACGUCACCCAGAUGCAUGUCAUCGAUCACACCAAGGGGCAGCCCUCAGAGGAGAAGCGUAAUGUGCUGGUGGAGAGUGCCAGGAUCGCGAGGGGCAACAUCCAGGACUUAAACCAGCUCAAGGUUGGUGAAAUGGAUGCCCUGAUCAUACCAGGUGGCUUUGGCGUGGCUAAGAACCUUUCCACGUGGGCUGAGAAUGGCAAGAACUGCACAGUCUCCAAAGUUGUAGAAGACACAAUCAAAGCAUUUCACGCUGCCAAGAAGCCCAUAGGCCUCUGUUGCAUCUCUCCAAUUCUGGCAGCUAAAAUCUUGCCAGGUUGUGAGGUGACAGUCGGGCAAGACCAAGAAUGUGAGAGAUGGCCCCACGCCAAGACGGCUGAUGCCGUCAAAGAACUUGGCUGCAGGCACAUCAACAAAAAUGUCAACGAAAUCCAUCUGGAUGCCCAGAACAAGCUGGUGACAUCCUGUGCCUUCAUGUGUAACGCCCCUGCCCACGAGGUCUAUGACGGAAUUGGAAAGCUAGUCAGAGAGGAUGUCAGGCAAAGCGUCAGCAGAGGAUUGGAGUCCCAGGAAAUCCAGCAACAGUGAUUCAAGAUUUUUGCCCUUCACCAUGAGAAGUUUGAUUCUGAAUAA